UUUAUUGCCUUUUUCAGCUAUGGAAGCAUCCAUGACAAAAAAACUUGCACGUUUAUCACGUAACAAGUCAAAGGUCCUAACUCCUAAGAUAUAAGAUCGGUGUUUUAUUUUUGUGAAAUUGAAGCAAUUGUGAGUUGUAAUGGCAACAAUGGGUGGUGAGACUUUGAUGAAGGCCCAUCUAGCCAUGGCAUUCUUACAGCUUUUCAAUGGUGGAUACCAUGUCAUUACUAAGGUGGCCCUUAACGCUGGAGUCAACCAAUUAGUCUUCUGCUUCUAUAGAGAUCUCAUUGCCCUCCUCAUUAUUUCUCCCAUUGCUUUCUUCAAAGAAAGACAGACAAGACCACCCAUUACUAAGCAGCUAUUCAUGUCAUUCUUCUUUCUUGGAUUAAUUGGGAUAUUUGGCAGCCAGGUGUUGUUUCUUUAUGGUUUAGGUUAUACAAAUCCAACUUAUGCCUCUGCCUUACAGCCUUCUAUUCCUGUCUUUACCUUUCUACUUGCUGUCAUCAUGGGUGUAGAAAGAGUGAAUCUGCAGAGUUUUGAAGGUCUGACAAAGGUUGGAGGGACUGUUAUAUGUGUUUCUGGUGCCAUAUUUAUGGCUUUGUACCGCGGUCCAUCGUUGAUAGGAUAUAACGAACCAGUGAUCAUACCACAUAAUGAAAUAAUUGUCAGUGGUCAGCCAGAGCCUUUUGGUUUUGGAUGGUUGAUUACUGGUUUACUGAAUCUUGGAUUAGAAAAUUUCAAACUUGGAGUUAUGUUCUUGAUAGGUAACUGCACAUUCAUGGCUGCUUUCCUAGCCAUUCAGGCGCAGGUACUAAAAAAGUAUCCUGCAUAUCUAUCAGUGACAGCAUUUUCAUUCUUCUUUGGCGUUGUACUAAUGGCGAUAGUCUCCUUAUUCACGACUAAUUUGUCAUCUGACUGGAUUUUGACACAAUCAGAAAUACUUGCGGUUGUUUAUGCUGGAACUAUUACAUCUGCCAUUAAUUAUGCAGUCAUGUGUUGGAGCAACAAGAUAUUAGGGCCAACUCUGGUUGCCCUUUACAUUCCACUUCAACCUGGAUUUGCUGCCAUAUUGUCUCAGAUAUUCCUUGGAAGUCCAAUUUACUUGGGAAGUAUCAUAGGGGGGUCUUUGAUCAUUGCUGGUCUCUUUGGUGUUACCUGGGCAUCUUAUAAAGAAAGACAGGCAACUCUUGAAAUUUCUUCUCAUGACUCUUGGGUUUCUGAACCACUUAUUCAUGAAAAAAGUGCACACCAAAGAGAUCAUAUAUUUCCGGGGUCCUCCAGUGCAUCCACAGCCGCAAGAUCAUGUGGUUAAAAGAUAAAUCAUAUAAUAUCGGCGGCUCAGUGCACGAGGUUUCCACCAAGUGGAGUUUGGGAAGAGUAAUUGUACACAGCCUUACCUCUACAAGCAGAGAAAUAAGUUUUUUUCAGGAUUUGAAUGUGUGAUUUCUAGAUCACAAGACAUAAACCUUGUAAUUGUACAAAGGCUCGACCUCAUAAACCUUGUCAUUGUACAAAGACUCGCCCUCUAAAUCAUAAAAUGCAAUCUAUGUUGAAUGUUGUUUUAGGAUAAAUGUCAGUGUUAAUUGUUAAAUGCAGUUUUUUUUGUUGAGGUUAUUGUUGAAUGCAAUGUUAUAAUCUACCUAGAGGGUAGCAUCCUCAUAAUAGGACAAAACUAUCUGCAUUUCAAUCCAUUUUCUUCCUGUAACCUAUUUUAUUUUAGGACAAAACUUAGUGAUAUUUCCUUGUA